AUGUCGAUGCUGUGGCUGUGGGAAGGGUGUCGCACUCUGCAAGAAGUCACCGCAGAUCUGCUUCCAAGUUUCAGCUUCGGCGACCAUGAGGGCGAGCAUUUCUUCGAGAUCCUCAAAGUGUGCGCGCUGGACUUGCUGUCAGGUGCUGAUGACGGUCCCCUUUUCGGCCUUGGCCCACAAGCGGAGAAUUCUCAGGCUCAUGCGCAGCUUUGUGAUGUACCUGUGGCAGGAUAG